AUGUAUUCAGGACCUAAUAUCGCACAACCAUCUGGAGGAGCAGCUCGAACUACAUUACCAGUAAUCGGAGCUAUUGUAUGUGGUGGCCUACUUUUACUUUUACUGGCUGCUACAAUAAUUCUAGCCUUGAUUCCAAUUUAUUUAGCAUCAAAAUCGGUUACAUUAAACACCAACUCAAAAAGUUCAUUGGUAACAACGUAUCUCAACACUGACGCUGGAAGUGGACGACGACGACGAGAUACUGAUAAUGGUGGAAAUAUUGGAAGCUACGCUGGUGGUAAAUUUGAUACUACCUCUAACACAAUGGUUCAAGAGAAAUUCAAAAAUAUUUUAUUGUCAAAUAAGAAAGUCUCUGAUAUAUUGAGCUUUGCCUGCCUGGUUGUUAAUAUAAAUGCUAAAAAACGUCGUUACGCAUUUGCGAAACGUGCAACAACAACUGUCAUAGCGUGCUCAUUUUACAUCCAAUAUAUCAGUAGUUGCAUCUCUACUAGCUGUCAAACAGGCGCUGGUACUGCCUGUACAUCGUUGCUUCAGAACGGUUUAACACCAAGCAAAUUUGACUUUUCUAAUAUUAACAUCCUUAAAUCGGACGGAUCACUGUGGAUAACAAUUAAUAGACUUCGAUUUACUGGCUUUCAAUUUCCUCCCCAAAUCCUUCCCGGAAGAGGAGGAGGCAAUCCUACAACACCGCCAACCGUCCCUGUAACGCCAACAACUACUUCACCUACACCUACAUCGAACACGGGUUAA